UCUCCAGUUUGAUGGUUAGAAGCAUAAACAGGCUGAGGAAUAAUAGCCGCAGAGCCGGCCUCUCCGGAGAGUGGUUGUGAGAGGGCAGCGCGCUUCAUGUUGGGCUUGAUUAGUGGAGUACAUCUGUACAACCAGCACGAUUGAUCCGUUCGGGGGAUAUUGUAUCGCAACUCGGGAGACUGUUGGCAGCGAUACACACAUGAUCUGUCACCAAAAAUUCGAGCUGAAUAACAAAACCGUCCAUCUCAGAGUCAUGCCCGAGGCAAGUAACGACUACCGCGUGGUGGUGUUCGGCGCGGGGGGUGUCGGGAAGAGUUCCCUGGUGCUGCGCUUCGUUCGCGGGACGUUCCGGGAGAACUACAUCCCGACUAUAGAGGACACCUACCGGCAGGUGAUCAGCUGUGACAAGAAUGUCUGCACCCUCCAGAUCACCGACACCACCGGCAGUCACCAGUUUCCCGCCAUGCAGCGCCUGUCAAUCACCAAGGGCCACGCCUUCGUAUUGGUCUACUCCAUCACCAGCCGCCAAUCACUGGAGGAGCUUAAACCCAUCUAUGACCAAAUAAGGGACAUCAAGUGCAACAUGGAUAGCAUUCCCGUCAUGCUAGUCGGUAACAAGUGUGACGAGGUCCAACAUAGGGAGAUUUCGAUGCAGGAAGGGGGCGAGUUGGCCAAGAAAUGGACCGUUGCCCACAUGGAGACCUCCGCAAAGACCAACCACAAUGUGAAGGAGUUGUUUCAGGAAUUGUUGCAGAUGGAAAAGCGGAGAUCCGUGAGUUUACAAGUCGAGGGGAAGAAGUGCAAAUCGCGAAGAAGGGACAAACUGAAAGGAAAGUGCACCUUGAUGUGA